UGUCAGGCCUGGCCUUUGCUCUCAGGGGCACACUCAGUGUUAUCCUCAUCUCCAUCCCGGCAUUUUCUCUCUUCUCUCUCAUGAUGUGGGGUGCUGGUGUGGUUGAGGUGGGUGCUGGUGUGGUUGUGGUGGGUGCUGGUGUGGUUGGGGUGGGUGCUGGUGCGGUUGAGGUGGGUGCUGGUGCGGUUGAGGUGGGUGCUGGUGCGGUUGUGGUGGGUGCUGGUGCGGUUGUGGUGGGUGCUGGUGCGGUUGUGGUGGGUGCUGGUGCGGUUGUGGUGGGUGCUGGUGCGGUUGUGGUGGGUGCUGGUGCGGUUGUGGUGGGUGCUGGUGCGGUUGUGGUGGGUGUUGUGGCUGGCUUGGUACCAAGAGAGGAGGAAUCUUCAGCAGCGGUUGAUUAG